UUCAAUAUUUUCCCCUUUCGCGCUUUUCACUUUACGUUGCACGUCUCUCUCCUCCAUUGAAGCGUGUUCUGAGUUCUCUCCAUUGAAGCAGCUUCUGAGCUUUCUCUAUUCCAUUGAAGCGUACUCCGAGCUCUCCAUUGAACUAGCUUCUGAGCUUUCACUCCUCCAUUGAAGCACUUUUGAGGAUAUCAGAAUCUUAAUAAUGCCAUCAAAUGAAUUACUCACCUAAAGGUUAAAAUGAGAUGCAAUGCGUGCUGGAGAGAGUUGGAAGGUCAAGCUGUAUCGACCACUUGUGGCCACCUUUUUUGCACAUCAGAUGCAGGCAAGAUACUUAACAGUGAUGGAGCGUGUCCCAUCUGUGAUCAGGUGUUAUCUAAGAGUCAUAUGAAACCUGUGGAUAUCAAUCCAAAUGAUGAAUGGGUUAAUAUGGCAAUGGCAGGAGUCUCGCCUCAGAUAUUGAUGAAAAGUGCAUACAGAAGUGUGAUGUUCUAUAUUGGGCAAAAGGAACUAGAAAUGCAAUGCAAGAUGAACAGGCUAAUGACGCAAUGCCGACAAAAAUGUGAGGCAUUGCAAGAAAAGUUCAGUGAGAAACUGGAGCAGAUGCAUACUGCAUACCAGAAAAUGGGCAAGAGGUGUCAAAUGAUGGAACAAGAGAUUGAGAACUUGUCCAAAUAUAAGCAAGAACUGCAAGAAAAGUUUGCUGAGAAAUCGAGACAGAAGAGAAAACUUGAUGAAAUGUAUGAUCAGUUGAGGAGCGAGUUUGAUUCAGUCAAACGUUCAGCCAUACAACCUGCAAACAACUUCUAUUCCAGACCUGAGCCUGAUCUAUUUUCUAACCCAUCCAACUUGAUGGAUAACCAAGAUACAUUAAGAAAAGAUCGAUUGGUUUUUACUCCUGAUACUCCAGGACCAAGGGAGGAUAUCUGGCCAGCAAGGCAAAAUAGUUCCAACUCUGGAGGAGCCUUUGAUGUCUCAGCUUGCUCACCCUCAAGGCGAGCACCAGUCCCAACUGAUGCAGGAAACAGAAGGCCCAGUGGCCAUCCUCCCUUUGGAACGGGAAAUUCAAACCCCUCCAUGACUCUCAGGAAUCUGGUUCUUUCUCCUAUAAAGCGGCCUCAGUUAUCACGUAACCGCCCUCAGCUUUUCACGAUGUGAUCAGAAGUAAGCUCAUUAUCUUGCUGUUGCUGAACAUGCCCGCAGAAGUCGUGAGCUACAUUUUGGAGUAUUUUCUGUUUAAGUUUAGCCUCUUCUGGCUGUUUAACACAAUGAUCAAUUCUUUUGAAGAAGUUUGCAAACACGGCUGAUGUUACAGAAGCAGCAGCUGGUUCAAGCUCUCCCACUUGCCUUGCGAUAUAUCGAAAUACAUCUUAAUGCAACAGAACUACAGAAUUUAUUAGUAUUGACAUUUUAUACUUCAAAUUGUACAAAGAAACACACGAAAUAGCAGUAAUACCAAACUUUCAUCUGUAGCUGCAUAGUCAAAGGCUACGUUGACCUUUCCCUCUUUCGGGUGUGAGUGAGGAGACGUGUUUUAUAUUUGUUGAUUGUUCACUCAUUUGCAAGGUCCAUGAGUAAUUUUUUGUUGUUGGCAAGCGAUGGACAAACUUUAUUGAAAAUAUAUUCAUCUGAUUAGGGAAAUAUGCCGAAGAUUUGUAGGUUGUGAAUAGAUCUGUGACUAAGUUUCAUAAUUUUCUAAUGUUGCCUUACUAGUGCCUGAUAUCAUUUUGUGAAGGUCAUUCGGCUCAUGA